AUGUCUGGCUGUGGCUUUGCGGGACUUUUUUGGGGGCAGAAGGAUUGUGCCUGUGUACGAAAUCUGGGCGGCCUCGAGCUGAAUGUAAUUACACAGUAUCUUAGCCACCAGCGCACCACUGACGCGCGCAUUCCGGCGACCGAGGCGGUGACGUUUUCAGAAUUUAGGCCCAUGCGGUUCCAAGGUCUCGGAGGAUACAGCGGUUUUGGCGACUUUGGUAGCGUAUCGUACCGGACAAAUAACCCACAGUGGUUUGGCGGCGGCGGCCCCGGGGGGCUUUUCUCACCCACCAUAGCACGUCGCAACCACCACAACGCAACUUGA